AUGUUAAUACGUGCCUUAUCACUUUGGGUCAGCAUACAACAGGAAGAUGUUGAAACGGACAAGCAAACAAAGGAGCAAACUUGCGGAGACAAAUCGAAAGAUAAGGAAGAGGAUGAGAAAUUAGAAAAAAAGAGAUCGGAAAAAGCAUCAGAUGAUGAAUCCGAGGAAAUUGUGACUGAAGACAGAGAGAUAAAAAAAAGAAAGAAAGAUACAGAUGAUGGCCUUAGUAUAGUUAAUAUGGGGGCUAAUUAUCUAUUGGUGCAUCUCUUAGGAUAUAUUGUAAUGAAUUCACCUGUGAUAUUUAGUCAGUUAGGUGCAAAAUACUACAAUCAACCUUCAGAGUUCUCAGUGUAUUGUGGUCUCAUCGCAGUGUCAGUGGUGUUGGUCAUAGUUGCUCCAUUUUUACCUCGUAUGUUCCGCACCAAACCCAUAACCCAUGAGGAGAUGUCGCUGGUGAACAUCCUGGUGCUGAUAGAACUAGCGACGGUGUGCCUUGCAAUUGGCAUGCAUAACUUCUCGUUGGGCUUCAUUCUGGCCACUAUUUACACUCCGCUUGCAUUGGUGGUCAGUGUGGUAGAGAACGGUGGGAGGAAUUGCAAUAUCCCUUUGCAGCUAAAGCGUUUCUACUGCCUGCUUCUCCAACCUCUGUGCUUGCUGUCACUUUGCACGAUCGCGUACAGCAGAGUGCUGUUUCCAGAAGAAGGCUUAUGGAAAAUGGUGAUCCGGGGGAAGGAUGCUGCUCUGCAAACGGUCAUGUUCUCUAUUGUCGACUCUCUGAUAUAUGGCAACUGGUUGUACAAUGUGGCUGCGUCAAUCCUUUUGCCGACUUGGAUUAUAUUUUGGCAAAUUUUAUGUAAUAAGGUGGAGACUACAUAG